AAUUCUUCAUUACAUAUGCAGCCUAAUGGACGGCCUGUUCUUGAAGUGUCUGAGGAUGAAAUAAUUCAGAUGGUUCGAAGAGAGAAUUUGAAGCAGCCACUGGAUGCAGAAAAGAAAAAUGAGAAGUCAAAAAAGAAUAAGAAGAAAUCAAAGGGAGAUGCUAAAACGGUUCAGGACUUGUCACGUCUGGAUGGAAAAGAAGCAGAUGAAGGAACUUGGGAAACUAAAAUCAGUAAUCGUGAGAAAAGGCAGCAGCGUAAGCGUGACAAGGUACUGACUGAUGCUGGCCCAAUAGAAUCAAAUCUCCCUGGGAUGGAAAAUGCAGUUACAAUAGCCAACGAACAACUAAUACCUACACCAUCUUUUCCAGUUGGUCCCAGAAAAAGUAAAGGUGAUACAAUUCUGAAUGUUCAAGUUAGCAGCUCAAAAUCUUCAAAGGGAGAUCCAACAAUUCCGCAAGUUUCUUCAGGAUUGAAUGAAAGUCCUACUGUAAAUGGAGGAAAUUGGAAUGAGAAAUCUGUAAAAAUCUCCUCAGAGAUCAGCGUAGGGGAGGAGAAAUGGGCAUCUGUUCCAUCAGCUACAGCAGGGAAGAGGAAAACUGAGACAUCUGCUUGGGGUCAGGACACUGGAGAUGCUAGUGGAAAUGGAAAAGAUUGGGGUGUUUCCAUUGUGAGCAGAUCCUGGGGUGAGCGCACUUUGUUCCCUGGUAUCGCUCCCUGGAAUGUGGAUGGAAGGAUCAAGACCUCUGAACAAAACUCUGCUUCUUUCGCUUCCUUAGGACUGAAUCCUGCAAUUUCUGGAUCCAGCAAUGAGCCAGUUACUCAGCCUGGUACUUCUGAUUUUCAGUGGGAUUUAAGCCGCAGUCAGGCCCAUGUUGAUGAUGAAUGGUCUGGGUUAAAUGGUCUUUCUUCUGCUGAUCCCAGCUCUGAUUGGAAUGCGCCAUCAGAAGAGUGGGGAAACUGGGUAGAUGAAGAAAAGGUUGCAUCUAUUCCACAGCCUGAGGAACCAUUAUCUGAUGUUCAGAAGGCUUCAGAUGAGGAGAGAGAAAAAGUAGAGCCAACUCUCCAGAGCUGUACUAGUGGCAAAUCCAAGAAGAAGAAGAAAAAGAAAAAGAAGCAGGGUGAAGAAGCUGGCUCGCCUGCACAGGAUGCUGAUGACCUGGAUAGAGAGGUUGAAGAAUUUCAGGAGGAUAAUGCAAAAGCUGAACCACAACAGGAAAUAGCUUUUUCUUUGAAGACCAUAAGCACUAGUGAACCAGCUGAGCCUGAGGAGACUCCUCCACUUGCUGUUUCUACUGAGCCAUCUGUAAUUGUAUCAGAGAGUGAUUCUGACAAGAUCUCUUCCCAAGUGCCACAGAUGCUACAAGAGACAGAUAUUUCCAGUUCUAAUACUAAACAAAACAGCGUGCCUCCUCCACAAACUAAGUCUGAAGAUAGCUGGGAGUCCCCAAAACAAGUUAAAAAGAAGAAAAAAGCAAGAAGGGAAACGUGAAUUUCCAGAGAUGGACGUGUGUUGCUGAAACGCUGUCAUGAAGAUUAUGCUGUUUAUGCAAUAAUUUGUGAACGUGUACAGAAUUUUAUAUAUUUCAACUGAUUUUUAAAAACAAACCUGCUGUGAACACAACCAUCUUUAAGAAGGAAUCAAAGGAAAUUGUGAUGAAGCAGCAGAAAAUGCUACAAUGCUGGAAGAUGCUUUGAAGAGUCUUUUUUUUUUUUUUUCCAACGUUCAGAGAGAUCUUAAAACAAAUAAACACCUGGUUUUACAACACAGUGCCCUGUUUACAACAGAUUAUGCCCUAUCUCAUCUGCAGCUGGGAAUAAAGUAUUGAUUUUUUUUUUUAAGAAAGGAUUGUCUGAAAUAUACCUGUCUGUAAAAUAGAUGGUGUUUCUUGCAUCUCAUGUGAUGCAUAAGGAAUUCAGAAUGUCUACCAUUUGAAUUUGUUUCAUGCCUAAAUCAAAGUGCUUUGAUUAAAUACAUAAUCUGCCAUAUUUUUACAACAUGCUGGUUAGCCAAGCUAACCAUUAAAGGAAUCACAAGUGCAAAUAAAAUCAUUAAGUGUAAAAAAUCCAGUGUACAGUUUAAGUUUCAUGUUUAUUAUAAAAAGUUAAAGAAAAUAAAAAUCAGUGGGCUUAAAUGGUUGAGAAUGUGAUUGCUGAAAGUUGAGAUGGAUUCAUGAAGUUAUUUUUGAUGGCCUCUAUUACAUUACUUGAAUUGUUCAGAGUAACAGUAUAUUUUAAUUAAGAUACUGGCAAUGUGCAUAAAAUCAGUUCUAUUGUUUUCUGUUAUCCUUUGUAGUUUUUUGUUGAUAAAUUCAGACUUGCAUUUAAAAC